CGCACCACCCCCCGCCCCGCGCGCCGACACUCCACAUCCACGUCGCCGCCGGCCCUAGACGUUCUCUCUGCGCUCCCUGUCACCUCGGUCUUCCGUCACCUGCUCCUCGUCACGAACCCCUGCUCCGUCUGUGCCAGCACACUAGCCCGUGCCGGCUCUCUGCUGCCCCCCGCGCGACCCCGCCUGGCACUGCGGCCGCUGCACCCUCUACUGCGCCUGCGCAACCCACACCUUGCCCAGCAUGACGCUCAGCGCUGAGCACUAUGCGGUGAAGCACUUCAUCGGCGGCCACUCGCUCGAGACGGCGCCGAGCAGCGCGGUCUCCGAGUUCGUGCGCAAGCAGGGCGGCCACACGGUCAUCACCAAGGUGCUCAUCUGCAACAACGGCAUUGCCGCCGUCAAGGAGAUUCGCUCGAUCCGCAAGUGGGCGUACGAGACGUUUGGUGAUGAGCGCGCCGUCGAGUUUGUCGUCAUGGCGACGCCCGAGGACCUCAAGAUCAACGCCGACUACAUCCGCAUGGCCGACCAGUACGUCGAGGUGCCCGGCGGCUCCAACAACAACAACUAUGCCAACGUCGACCUCAUCGUCGACAUUGCGGAGCGCAUGAACGUGCACGCCGUGUGGGCCGGCUGGGGCCACGCGUCCGAGAACCCGCGGCUGCCCGAGUCGCUCGCCGCCUCGGCGCAGAAGAUCAUCUUCAUCGGCCCGCCGGGCUCGGCCAUGCGCUCGCUCGGCGACAAGAUCUCGUCGACGAUCGUCGCGCAGCACGCCGACGUGCCGUGCAUGCCCUGGUCCGGCACGGGCGUCAAGGACACGAUCAUGAGCGAGCAGGGCUUCCUGACCGUCUCGGACGAGGUGUACCAGCGCGCCUGCAUCCACUCGGCCGAGGAGGGCCUCGAAAAGGCCGAGACCAUCGGCUACCCCGUCAUGAUCAAGGCGUCCGAGGGCGGCGGCGGCAAGGGCAUUCGCAUGUGCGCCAGCGCCGACAACUUCCGGCAAUUUUACAACGCCGUGCUCGGCGAGGUGCCCGGCUCGCCCGUCUUCGUGAUGAAGCUGGCCGGCAAGGCGCGCCACCUCGAGGUGCAGCUGCUCGCCGACCAGUACGGCAACGCGAUCAGCAUCUUCGGCCGCGACUGCUCGGUGCAGCGCCGCCACCAGAAGAUCAUCGAGGAGGCGCCCGUGACGAUUGCGCCCGAGGAGGCGCGCGACGCCAUGGAGAAGGCCGCCGUGCGCCUCGCCAAGCUUGUCGGCUACGUGUCGGCUGGCACCGUCGAGUGGCUCUACUCGCCCGACACGGGCGAGUUCAGCUUCCUGGAGCUCAACCCGCGUCUACAGGUCGAGCAUCCGACGACGGAGAUGGUCUCGGGCGUCAACAUCCCCGCCGCGCAGCUGCAGGUGGCCAUGGGCAUCCCGCUGUACCGCAUCCGCGACAUCCGCACGCUCUACGGCAUGGACCCGCGCGGCGCCGAGAGCAUCGACUUUGAGUUCGCGGACCCCGAGUCGUUCAAGAAGCAGCGCAAGCCGCAGCCGCGCGGUCACGUCGUCGCCUGCCGCAUCACGGCCGAGGACGCCGCCGAGGGCUUCCGCCCGAGCAUGGGCACGGUCAGCGAGAUCAACUUCAAGGGCUCGGGCAACUGCUGGGGCUACUUCUCCAUCGGCGGCACCGGCGGCCUGCACGAGUUUGCCGACUCGCAGUUCGGCCACAUCUUCGCCUUCGGCACGGACCGCAGCGACGCGCGCAACCAGAUGAUCCUCGCGCUCAAGGACCUCAACAUCCGCGGCGAGUUCAAGAACACCAACGAGUUCCUGCUGCGCCUGCUCGAGACGAGCGAGUUUACGCAGAACAACUUCACCACGGGCUGGCUCGACUCGCUCAUCACGCAGCGCUUCACCGCCGAGCGCCCGCCGCAGGCCGUGGCCGUGAUCGCCGCGGCGGCGGUCAAGUGCUACCUCGCCAGCUGCGACUGCGAGGCGGCGUACAGCGCCAUUCUGUCCAAGGGCCAGGUGCCGCCCAAGGACACGAUCAAGACGUUCUUCCAGCUCGAGUUCGUCUACAUGGGCGAGAAGUACGCGUGGGCGGGCAAUCGCGCGAGCAAGAACUCGUACGCGCUCUUCCUCAAGGGCCAGCGCGUGCUCGUCGACCUGCAGCCGCUGUCCGACGGCGGCGUGCUGAUGAAGCUCGGCGGCAAGAGCCACACGGUGUACUGGCAGCAGGACGCCGCGGCGCUGCGCGUCAUGAUCAACCAGAAGACGGCGCUCAUCGAGAACGAGGUGGACCCGAGCCAGCUCAAGAGCCCGUCGCCCGGCAAGCUCGUCUCGCUGCUCGCCGCCUCGGGCUCCAAGGUCAAGGCCGGCCAGCCGCUGUGCGAGCUGGAGAUCAUGAAGAUGCUCCUGCCCAUCACCGCCGCCGAGGACGGCACCAUCACCUGGCUGCGCGCGCCCGGCGUCACCGUCGCCUCGGGCGAGCUGCUCGGCAUCCUCACGCUCGACGACCCGUCGCGCGUCGUGCAGGCGACGCCCUUCACCGGCCGCCUGCCCGAGAUGGGCCUGCCCGUCGUUGUCGGUGCCAAGCCGCACCAGCGCUACGACUACGCGCUCUCGGUGCUGCAGGACGUGCUCGCCGGCUUCGACCGCCUCUGGCAGCCGAGCCUCGAUGAGCUCUUCGACGUUAUGGCGCAGAACGAGACGCCCUACGGCCAAGCGCUGCAGAUCCUCUCGACGCUCUCGGGCCGCAUUCCCGCCAAGCUCGAGGAGGUCGUGCGCUCCACGAUCGACGCCGCCUCGGCCAAGGGCGCCGAGUUCCCGGCUGCGCGCCUGCGCAAGCUGAGCGAGAACUUCGUGCGCGACAACGUCAACUCGGCCGUUGCUCAGCAGGUCACGACGGCGCUCUCGCCGCUCAUGACCGUGUUCGAGGCCUACUCGCACGGCACCAAGUCGUACGCCUCCUCCAUCCUCGCCGGCCUGCUGCAGCAGUACUACGACAUCGAGUCGCGCUUCACCGGCGAGGCCGACGUCGUGCUCACGCUGCGCCAGGAGGCUGACGGCGACCUCGACAAGGUGCUCGCCAUGCAGAUCUCGCACAACGGCAUUGCCGCCAAGAACGCGCUGCUGCUGGCCGUGCUCGACAAGUACGUCAAGAGCAACCUGUCGCACGGCGCCAACGGCGGCGGCGACCAGAUGCACAAGGUGCUGCAGAGCCUCGCCUCGCUGCAGGGCAAGAGCACCGCGCCCGUGGCGCUCAAGGCGCGCGAGGUGUCCAUGUCGCGCGACCUGCCCAGCCUGGCCGAGCGCCAGGCGCAGAUGGAGAGCAUCCUGCGCACCUCCGUGCAGUCGGCUACGUACGGCGGCGCCGGCGAGUUCCACGAGCCGCACCUCGCCGUGCUGCGCGAGCUCACCGACAGCCAGUACACCGUGUACGACGUGCUGCACUCGUUCUUCGGCGCCAAGGCCGUGCACCUGGCCUUUGCGUCGCUCGUGACGUACAUCAUGCGCGCGUACCGUGCCUACGACGUGCUCGGCUUCAAGUAUGCCGUCGAGGACUUCGACGCCGACGAGCGCGCCGUGCUCAGCUGGAACUUCCAGCUGCCCGUGCACGGCCGCCCGAAGGCCGAGCGCCAGACGUCGGUCGGUGACCUCGUCGCUGCCGGUGGCGAGAGCAACAGCACGUCGCGCGGCGGCGCUGCGCUGCGCCAGGGUGUGAUGACGUCCUGCACGACGAUUGAGGACCUGCGCGACGUGCUUCCGCGCGCGCUCAAGUACUUCAAGCCCCACAGCGAGUCGCCCAUCAACGUGCUCAACAUCGCCGUCACGGACGACCCGGACGUCGGAGACGAGCAGGCGCGCGCGGCGUUCGCCAGCUGGACGAACCGCUUCACCAAGGAGAUUGCCGCCGCCGGUGUGCGCCGCAUCACCUUCAUGCACUGCUCGCCCGGCGCAUACCCGUGGUACACGACGCUGCGCCCCGCCGACGGUGCCUGGGCAGAGGAGAAGGCGAUCCGCAACAUCGAGCCGGCGCUGGCCUUCCAGCUCGAGCUCGACCGUCUGACGCAGAACUUCGAGAUCACGCCCGUGCCGGUGACGUCGUCGACGAUCCACCUGUACUUUGCGCGCGGCAAGGCGAACCCGACGGACACGCGCUUCUUCGUGCGCAGCCUCGUGCGCCCCGGCCGCCUCAUCACGGGCAGCGUCGCCGACUACCUCGUGUCCGCCUCGGACCGCAUCGUCAGCGACAUUCUCAACGUGCUCGAGGUCGCGCUCGGCAAGCCCGAGUACCGCACCGCCGACGCGUCGCAGAUCUUCAUGUCGUUCAUCUACACGCUCGAUAUCACGCUUGCCGACAUCCAGAAGGCGCUCGCCGGCUUCAUCGACCGCCACGGCGCGCGCUUCUUCCGCCUGCGCAUCACGGGCGCCGAGCUGCGCUUCGUCAUGCAGGGCAAGUCGGGCUCGACGCCCACGGCCAUCCGCGCGUUCGUCACCAACGAGACGGGCUUCGUCGUGCGCUACGAGGCGUACGAGGAGGUCGUGACCGACGACGGCCACACGCUGCUCAAGAACAUCGCCGGCCCGGCGACGCCGGCGACGCUGCACAUGCAGGACGCGCACCAGCCGUACACGACCAAGGUCGCGCUGCAGUCGCGCCGCUCGCGCGCCCACGCGCUGCAGACGACGUUCGCCUACGACUUCGUCGAUGUGCUGCGCCAGUCGCUGCGCGCCGCGUGGAAGCAGCACGCGUCCAAGUACCCCAGCGAGCCGAUCCGCUCGCUCGCCGAGCUCGUGCUCGACGAGAAGACGGGCGAGCUGCGCCAGGUCAAGCGCGCGCCCGGCACGAACAACAUCGGCAUGGUCGCCUGGCUCAUGGAGCUGCUCACGCCCGAGUACCCGCAGGGCCGCCAGGUCGUCAUGAUCGCCAAUGACGUGACGUUCCAGGCCGGCUCCUUCGGCCCGGCCGAGGACCGCUUCUUCGCCGCCGCGUCGCGCCUUGCGCGCCAGAUGGGUGUGCCGCGCCUGUACAUCUCCGCCAACUCGGGAGCUCGCAUUGGCCUCGCCAGCGAGCCGCUCGACCUCUUCCUCGCCAAGUUCGUCGACGAUGACCCGGACAAGGGCUUCGAGUACCUCUACCUCGACGACGCGGGCCUGGCCACGCUCGCCGAGCGCAAGGCGUCCGACAGUGUCAUCACCGAGCGCCGCGAGCGCGACGGCGUCGUGCACCACGUCAUCACCGACAUCAUCGGCAUGCAGGAGGGCCUCGGUGUCGAGUGCCUCUCCGGCUCCGGCCUCAUUGCCGGCGAGACGUCGCGCGCCCGCGACGAGAUCUUCACCGCGACGAUCAUCACGGGCCGCUCGGUCGGCAUCGGUGCCUACCUCGCGCGUCUCGGCGAGCGUGUCAUCCAGGUCGAGGGCUCGCCCAUGAUCCUGACGGGCUACCAGGCACUCAACAAGCUGCUCGGCCGCGAGGUGUACACCUCCAACCUGCAGCUCGGUGGCCCGCAGAUCAUGUACCGCAACGGCAUCACGCAUCUCAGCGUGCCGGACGACCUGGCCGCCGUGCGUGCCGCCGUGCGCUGGCUCUCGUACGUGCCGGCCACGAGCUCGUCGCCGCUGCCGCGCAUGCCCAGCGCCGACAGCUGGGACCGUGACGUCGCCUACUACCCGCCGGCCGCGCCGUACGACCCGCGCCUGCUGCUCACGGGCACGUCGGGUCCCGAGGCCGCCGCUGGUCUGCUCGACGCCGGCUCGUGGACCGAGACGCUCGCUGGCUGGGCGGCCUCCGUCGUCGUGGGCCGCGGCCGCAUCGGCGGCAUCCCGAUCGGCAUCGUCUGCUUCGAGACGCGCACCACCGAGCACGUCAUCCCUGCCGACCCGGCCUUCGAGGACAGCCGCGAGCAGCGCGUCGUGGCACCCGGCCAGGUCUGGGGCUCUGACUCGUCGGCCAAGACGGCGUCGUUCAUCGAGGACCUCAACCGCGAGCGCCUGCCGCUGCUCAUGCUCGCCAACGUCCGUGGCUUCUCCGGCGGUGCCGCCGAGAUGUUCGCGGCCGUGCUCAAGCGCGGCUCGGACAUCGUGCACGCCCUCUCGGCCUUCAAGCAGCCGGCCUUCAUCCACAUUCCGCCGCGCGGCGAGCUGCGUGGUGGUGCCUUCGUCGUCGUCGACGCGUCCAUCAACGCCGACGGCGCCAUGGAGCUCACGGCCGACACCGACUCGCGCGCCGGUGUGCUCGAGCCCGCCGGUAUCGUCGACGUCAAGUUCCGCCCCGAGGCGCAGCGCAAGAUGCUCCACCGCGUCGACCCGCGUGCCGCCGAGCUGGUGCGCAGCGGCGACCGCGCGGCACUCGCCGAGCACGAGAAGAAGAUGUCGGGCGUGACCAACUCGAUCGCCUCGGCCUUUGCCGACCUGCACGACCGCUCGGGCCGCAUGCUGGCCGUCGGCUCGAUCCGCAGCGCCUUCGCCUGGAACGACGCGCGCCGCUACUUCUACCGCCGCCUCAGCCUGCGCAUCGCCGAGUUCGACGCCAUCGCCGUGCUGCGCGCCGCCAAGCCCUCGCUCGAGGUCACGGCCGCCCGGGCGCUGCUCGAGGAGACCCUCCAGACCGGCCUCGGCGACGCCGACGAGCAGCAGCUCAUCGACCUCAUCGCCAGCAAGCAGACUGCCAUCGCGGCCAAGGCCGACGAGCUGCGCAGCGACGCUGUGCGCGCAUCCUUCGCCGCCCUCUCGCCCGAGGCCCGCCAGGCGCUGCUGGCCUCCCUCUCUUCCUAGACUCGUGCUUCGUUCAUGUCCUUCCCGCAACCCGUCCAUAGAACUGCCAUGAUUUCUGCCUCUUCC